AUGUAUAUCGAAACCUCUGAUAAGGAGUGGCUUGUCCAAAAGUACGGCGGUACUAGUCUUGGAAAGCUCCUGGAGCCGAUCUGCGGCAAUAUCAUACCGUCAUUUCUAGAGACUAACCGACUAGCGAUCGUGUGCUCGGCUUUAUCUGGCACAACGAAGGCCACGGGGACGACAAGCCUGCUGCUUCAAUGCAUUUUAGCGGCCGAGGCCGGUCACAGGGCUCAGGGUCAGCUCACAAAGACGAUCGACCUCAUCGCGGAGAAUCACAUCAGGGUCCUGGACCAUGAGCUGUCGCCACGGUCCAAGGACCGCGUGAUAUCCCUAGGGGAGAAGCUGUCGUGCAUCAUAGUGGCAGCCGUCCUGACAAGCAAAGGGAUCCCGGCGCAGGCUGUCUCGCUCGAUGAUAUUGUCGAGUCCGUAUUUGGUCCUGCAGUAUUGGAUCAAAAGGAUGCCCUCCAAGGUUUGAACAAUGAGUUUUAUCACUUGCUUUCCAAGGAGAUUGCGAGAAGAUGCCACGGAUGUGAAAAAAAGGUCCCGGUGGUGACAGGUUUCUUUGGCAUAAUGCCAGACUCCCUGUUGAAGAGUGUAGGCAGGGGAUACUCAGACCUAUGCGCGGCCAUGUGUGCGCUCGGCCUUGGUGCCAUCGAGCUGCAGAUAUGGAAAGAGGUCGAUGGCAUCUUCACUGCGGAUCCACGUAAGGUUCCGUCAGCGAGGCUACUGUCAACCGUUACGGCGGAGGAGGCAGCGGAGUUGACAUUCUAUGGGAGUGAGGUGAUCCACCCCCUCACAAUGGACCAAAUUCGGUACGCCAAUAUCCCCCUGCGCCUUAAGAAUGUCUUCAACCCAUCCGGCCAGGGUACAGUCAUCUACCCGUCUCGACUUUCGCCGCCAUCUACUCCAUACGCUCCACUUACACAGCCGUCCAGGAGCGAUGUGGCGGGAAAGGAAAGGACCGAUGCAGUCACGCUUCAGCAGAAUAUCCCGGCUGCCUGUUUCAUGCUCGAAAACGGUUACCACGGCGAGAAUCAAAUACGUCGGCGACCCACGGCUGUGACGAUCAAAGAGCCAAUCACCAUGGUCAACGUAGCUUGUAACAGAAACACGCGAUCGCAAGGCUUUCUUGUCAAUGUGUUCUCUCGCUUGGACGAUGGUGGUAUCUCGGCAGAUAUCGUCACCACGAGCGAGCGGACCGUGAGCUUUGCUAUGCAAGGACACCCCGACUCAGCUGGAGAAGAAACAGGAAUAGGGAAGUGGAGGAAGCUGAAAGGGGAUCUAGAGAAGUUUGGGAAGGUGAGUCUCUUGAAGUGA